CAGUGUGGGAAGUCUUUACUCAGAUUGGUAACUUAAAAUCACAUCAGCUAAUCCACACCGGUGUGAAACAAUUCAGCUGUGAUCAGUGUGGAAAGAACUUUACUCAGAGAUGCAGCUUAAAAAUACAUCAGCUGAUCCACACCGGUGUGAAACCAUUCAGCUGUGAUCGGUGUGGAAAGUCUUUUACUCAGAUUGGUAGCUUGAAAACACAUCAGCUGAUCCACAGCGGUGUGAAACAAUUCAGCUGUGAUCAGUGUGGAAAGUCUUUUACUCUGAGUAGCAACUUAAAAACACAUCAGCUGAUCCAUACAGGUGUGAAACCAUUCAGCUGUGAUCAGUGUGGAAAGAACUUUACUCAGAGAUGCAGCUUAAAAAUACAUCAGCUGAUCCACACCGGUGUGAAACCAUUCAGCUGUGAUCAGUGUGGAAAGUCUUUUACUCGGAGAUGCAUGUUAAAACAACAUCAGGUCGUCCACACGAAAUUUAAAGCUUUCAACUGUGAUCAGUGUGGAAAGUCUUUUACACGGAAAGGUCACUUAAAGAGACAUCAUAUGAUCCAUGUUGGAGGUAAAUCAUUUGUCUGUGAUCAGUGUGGAAAGUCUUUUCAGGAUAGAUAUCACUUAGAGAAACAUCAGGGCGUCCACAGUGAAGUUAAACCUUUCAGCUGUGAUCAGUGUGGAAAGUCUUUUACUCACAAGUACAACUUAAAAACACAUCAGCUCAUCCACAGUGGAGAGAAACCAUUCAGCUGUGGUCAGUGUGGAAAGGCUUUUCGUAAUAAGAGCAACUUAAAAAUACAUCAGCGCAUCCACAGUGGAGACAAACCAUUCAGCUGUGGUCAGUGUGGAAAGGCUUUUCCUUACGGUAAUUACUUAAAAAGACAUCAGCUCAUCCACAGUGGAGAGAAACCUUUCAGCUGUGAGCAGUGUGGAAAAUCUUUUACUCAGAUGAGUAUCUUGAACUCACAUCAGCUCAUCCACUCUGGAGUUAAAUCAUUUGUAUGUGGUGACUGUGGAAAGGCUUUUUUUGAGAUUGAUAGGUUAAAAUCACAUCAGCUCAUCCACUCUGGUACUAAACAAUUUGUAUGUGGUCAGUGUGGAAAGGCUUUUACUCAGAUGAAACUCUUAAAAAUACAUCAGCGCACCCACUCUGGAGUUAAAUCAUUUGUAUGUAGUCAGUGUGGAAAGUCUUUUCGUAAUAAGAGCAGCUUAAAAAGACAUCAGCUCAUCCACAGUGGAGAGAAACCUUUCAGCUGUGAGCAGUGUGGAAAAUCUUUUACUCGUUUGACUAUCUUAAAAUCACAUCAGCUCAUCCACUCUGGAGUUAAAUCAUUUGUAUGUGGUGACUGUGGAAAGGCUUUUACUCAGAUGACUAGCUUAAAAUCACAUCAGCGCACCCACUCUGGAGUUAAAUCAUUUGUAUGUGGUGACUGUGGAAAGUCUUUCUUCUUUAACAAAGAUCUAUUGAGGCAUCAAAAGACCCACAAAGUGUCCUCCUGUGAGAAAAGGGGCAGACCAAUGGGACAUUACCCUGACAGGGUUCAUUUGAACACAGUGGGAGAAACAGGGGAUCUGAACAAAAGUUCUUCUGGAUGCUGCGUCAAACUUAAAAAGCUUGAGAUCAGGCUUCACAGAAUUCAGCUUUAAUUUCCUGAGAAAGUCAGAGCUUCACUAUGUCUUUGUAGAUCUAGUGAAAACAUGAAAGGGUGCAAAAAGAGGCACUGUGGUACUGCAUGAUGAAGUCAGAAGUGACAGAGAGGUAUGUGAGCGUGGUUCAGGACAUGUAUGUGUGGUAGCAGUGACUACCACACAUACUUGGGUUGAAGGUGGGGGGAGGAUUACAUCAAUUCUGAGCCCCUUCUUUCUUUUUCAAAGCGAGGGCAAUACUCAGGAAAGGAUGAUGACAAUAGAGCUGCAAGACAGGAUGGAAAGAAAAAGAGUUUAAGAGAAGAUCAUGAAUAUUGUUAAGCGAUCGAGCCGCGAUCACAAAAUCUUAGCUUAUGGAGUUAGUUAUCCCAAUACAAGUUUAGCAAGUUAAACUUCACUGGCUGUGUCCACAAACAGCAUACAGAGCAAACAUUACUCCAUCAUCUGAUCACAAGAAAAGCAAAAUGUCAGAAGAGUUCACCUUCUGGGUCAAACUGUCAGACCUGUUACUGUUUAUUUGGCUGUUCAUCGUGAGGUAAUUAUCAGUGUCAGUGCUGUGCCACUUCUAUUGUAACUCACAUGAAAUGUGUUUUAAAUGGGCUCUAUUGUCUUACAAUAUUGUGUGAGUCUGUUUUGCUCAACAAAGACACAACCCCUCCUGCAAUGUUUAAUGUUACAGUAAAAAAUAAAAAGUAAAUUCAUAAAUUUGUGUCAUUUUUAAACAGGCAGUAUUUAGAAAAUUAAAUAUAUUCUUACACAUG